CUCACAAUUACUCAUUCAAUCUCUUCCAACAAAAUCUUCAUUCUCUCACACUCUUCAACUUCAAAAUACUCUUCUCACUCUUUUUCAUUCAACACCAAAAAAAAAUUAUAAAAAAUAGGAUUCAGCAUUGUGAGAUUCAAUGAUUCAGAAUCAGAAAAAGAUGAAACAGAGGAUAACUAGUUUUUGUUCUUCAGAGUGGUUAGAGGAUGAGAUUGAAAUCGCUCAAGUUCUUCGUAACUUGUAUCGUAUCUCUUUGUUAACUAGUAUACCUUACUCAUGGCGAUGCAAGAGAAAGAGAUCUGCAAUUCAAAACACUCAUUCAUCUUCUCCGCUGGAAAACCACCGUCCUGUUAACAACGCCGCCGCCGCCGCCGGUGUUGUUCCUCCUUCAACCGGUGUUAUGAAAGCUGAAGCUUCCAGUCCUGCUACUCCUCUUUCGUUUCCAGCAACUGAAUCUGACGACAAACCCAAACAUUCAAAGAAGAUUAAAACUUCUCUCAAAAAGAAGCGAGAAUCGUCUCUUAAAAUUAUUGAAGAUUUGACCAAGACCAAAGCUUCACUCAAUCAAGAGAUUGAGAAUGUGAAGCAACACUAUGAUCAGCUGAAGAGUUUCAAUUUGAAGUUGAAAUUAAGGAAGCAAGAGCUAUUAUGUGGUAAUGACCCCAAAAGUGAAAGCAAAAACCCCAAUUUGGAAAUUGGGCAGAAAGUUCAAUUGGAUCAAUCCAAUGGUUCUGAUUCAAUCAACCCGUUGGAAAUUGGACAGAAAGUUCAAUUGGAUCAAUCCAAUGGUUCUGAUUCAAUCAACCCGUCAAAAUCAACGGCUGAAAAUAAAGAACAGAAGAUUCAUCAACACCAACACCAACAAAUGCAAAUGCAAAUGCAAAUGGCUCCCAAUCAUCCGACUUAUAUGCCUUCCCAAACGCGUGAUGGCAAAGGUGUUGUUCAGUUUCAUUAUCCAUCUUCUAGCAAGCAAACGACGUCGUUGCUAGUUGCAUCUUCCUCGACUAUUGGAUUGGGCCGCAACAUCAAAAGUAAUAAUAACGGCCCAUUAGCACUUCCUGAUCUUAAUUUACCAAUGGAUGAAGUGAUCCACGUGGCUCCUUGUCAACCGUUGGAUGAAGCUAUAACAAAUAGAGCAUUUGCUGCAGCUCAAGCUAGACGGAGAAGGCUUCAAAUUUUCAGGCAGAAGAAACAUUAAUCUCAAAUGUGAUGAUUAUAAUCAGUACAGUUUAGGGAGGGGUUUUGAUUGAUAAAAAGAAGAAUCUACUUCAAUCGAUAUGGCUUAGGUACCGCCAUGCAUAACAUAGGGUGGACAAUUAGCUAGAGUAGUAUGUGCUGUAGAGAAACUGAUUCCAAAAGAAGGGAAAUCAGCAACAUUAAAAUUACUUUCUUUGGAUUCGAUAUCCAAAAAUUCUUGGGAGCAGAGACAUCCUCUGUAAUUUUUUUUUUUUUUUUU